GGCACAAGUGCGGAGCAGGAUAAUCGCUUUAGCAACAAACAGAAGAAGCUUUUGAAGCAGUUAAAGUUUGCAGAAUGCUUGGAAAAAAAGGUGGAUAUGAGCAAAGUAAACUUGGAAGUAAUAAAGCCUUGGAUAACAAAGCGUGUAACGGAAAUUCUGGGGUUUGAAGACGAUGUGGUCAUUGACUUUAUUUUCAACCAGCUGGAAGUGAAGAACCCAGACUCUAAAAUGAUGCAAAUUAACCUGACUGGCUUUCUAAACGGCAAAAAUGCCCGAGAAUUCAUGGGAGAGCUAUGGCCACUACUUCUGAGUGCCCAGGAAAAUAUUGCUGGCAUUCCCACAGCAUUCCUUGAACUGAAAAAAGAAGAAAUCAAGCAGAGACAGAUUGAACAAGAGAAGCUUGCAUCUCUAAAGAAGCAAGAUGAUGACAAAGACAGAAGAGACAAAGAUGAUAGAGACAAAAGGGAUCGAUCUAGAACUCCAAGAAGGCGCAAAUCUCGGUCAUCCUCACCACGGAGAAGGUCUCCAAGGAGAGAGAGGAAAAGAAGCCACUCUCAUUCACCAAGACACAAAACUAAAAGUCCAAGUCCUUCUCCAGUUUUUGAGAAAAGGGAGGCAGAAAUUCAAGAACCUGAGCCCUCUCUGAAAGUGAAGGAACCGUCUGUACAAGAGGCAACAUCGUCAAGUGACAUAGUGAAAGCUUCCAAACCAGAUCUUGUGGCAGAUACAAAGGAAACCUCACCUGAGCCAAACUCACGAAAGCUAAAAGAGAAAGAGAGACAUCGUCACAGGUCACGUUCACGCUCCAAAUCAAAAUCUAAGUCUCAUUCGCCUUCCCACUCUAGAACACGAAGGCGUCAUCGAUCAAGAUCUAGGUCUUAUAGCCCGAGGAGAAGACCCAGCCCUCGGCGUAGACCUUCACCAAGGAGGAGGAGUCCUCCUCGCCGCAUGCCGCCACCACCUAGGCACAAGAGGAGUAGGAGUCCAGUCAGGCGAAGGCGACGCUCUUCAGCAUCAGUGUCUGGAAGCAGCAGCUCCUCCUCCUCAUCGCGAUCGCCACCUCCUCCAAAGAAACCACCUAAGAGAAUGUCCUCUAGCCCACCACGCAAGCCUCGCCGUUCCUCCCCAUCUGCAAGUCCUCCAAGAAGGCGCUAUAGGCAAUCUCCUCCACCAAGUCCACCUCCAAAAAGGCAUUCUCCUUCCCCACAGUCCUCUCGCCCAGAAAGUCUCGAGGAUCUAUCUCCAUCACCUCACAGGCAUUCUUCUUCUCAAAGACGGUACUCACCACCCAUUCAAAGGAGGUACUCCCCCUCUCCUCCCCCAAAAAGAAGAACUUCUUCACCACUGCCCCAGCCACCUCCAAAGCGCCGAGUAUCACAGUCUCCUCCUCCUCCUCCAUCAAAGCGCAGAGUAUCACAUUCACCUCCACAGAAACAUAAAGGAUCACCUGGAGGAAAGAGGCAUUCUCCAUCGCUACCCUCUAAACACCGUAAGGGAACUUCUCCUAGCCGGGCAGGGCGAGAAACUCGGUCCCCACCACAGGCUAAACGUUCCUCACCUUCUCCACGUCCACGAGCAGCUCGAAGUUCUGAGAGUCCUCCGACACACAGGAGAGGAGGGUCUUCAUCUCCUCCAAGAAGGCAGCAGUCCCCUUCACCAAGCAGCAGGCCUAUUAGACGCAACUGGUCCCCAGCUCCGGCACCUGCUAAGAAAACCAAGAGCGCCACACCCAGCCCAUCUCCAGCUCAGAACAGCCCUGUCAGUAACUUAAAAAUCACAAUAUUGAUGUACGGUAUUGCUUGGGUGGCGUGCACACACACACCCUCUUUCCCUCCCCCCUCAAAACCUUCAGCUCCCCACCCCCCCCCCCCCCCCCCCCCAUUUUCUUGCUCUAUUUUCUUUUCCUGGGUAGACAGGGUUUUUCCUGCCUCAUCUCACUCAUUCUCCCCAAUCUUUUUGUAUCCAAAAAUUAACAGGUUAUGCAGGGCAAGCCUUAAGUAG